GCUCGUGCGUAAUGGAUGGCUUUUGGGAACAGACGCAUAUGUUUCAGGACAAAUAAAGGGGGUCUUUUGCUCGAUAUAACGAUGCAUCAUCUCACAGCUGUGGUCUUCAUUCUGGUCGUGCCAGGCGUCACCAAAGGUUGGGAAUGCAGCUCAAGGUGCAGCACAGAAAAUGGGUUUUGUGAGAAGCCAGGGAAGUGCAGGUGCAAACCAGGGUGGCAAGGAGAGAAUUGUGACCAGUGCGUGUCCUUCCCCGGCUGUCUGCACGGCACAUGUGAGAAGGCAUGGCAGUGUUUGUGCGAGGCCGGCUGGGUGGGCAGCCUGUGUGACCAAGAUACUCGCCUGUGCUCAUCCAGGCCUUGUGCUGGUAAUGCCACCUGUAUAGAGACAGGAGAGGGGGGAUACCUGUGCAUCUGUCCCCAUGGCUACGCUGGGGAAAACUGCCACCUGAACAGAGGACUGUGUCUCACAAACGGCUCUCCUUGUCAGAACGGUGGCACAUGUACGGAUGUCGAUGGCUCAGCGGGCUCCUCUUCCUGUUUAUGUCCCUCUGGAUUUUCUGGAGACGUGUGUGAGAUCAGCCUUGACAGCUGCCAGCCUAACCCCUGCCUCAACGGUGGCAACUGCACAAACCACGGCCUGGCCUUCACAUGCGUCUGUCCGCUCGGCUUCGCUGGUUUCACUUGUAAUGACACCGCCAGCCUCUCGCCCUGCGCCGGCAGGCCCUGCGCCAACAGGGGCACGUGUGCUGGUCAACCGGAUGGAACCUUCCGGUGCGUUUGCCAGAAAUGGUUUACAGGUCCCACGUGUUCCCUGCAGCACAGGCCGAAGGCCAGGUCCAAGCCGGUCGGCGCCAGGCCCGUGGACCACAGAGUGUUCGCGCUGACUCCGCAGCACUACUCCCUCCCAGCUCACACAUUCCACAAGCUUCUCAGACCGCCCGAGAGAGACCUGCUCAAGAUCACCCUAAAGGAGACGGUCCACUCCCCCGGCGUCCUCGUCACCCACGGUCAGCUCAUCUGCUUCGGCAUGCUGGCCCUGCUCACCUGCGUGGUCAUCCUGGGCACUACGGGCAUCGUGUUUUUUGGCCGCUGCGAGACGUGGCUGGCUAAUGCCAAGUACAGCCAGCUUGUUCGUCAGCAGCGGGAGCACCUGCUGAGAGAUGCCGGCGGCGCGAGCCAGGAGGAGCCGGAGCACUCGGUAAACAUCAUCCUGCCGGAGAAGAUUAGACUCAGCAGCUUUGGGAGACACUACACCUCCAUCUGAUUAAAUCAUCUCUGCCUCUUCCCCUCUCCCUCUGGAAGGAGUUUAAUAUAAAUGUCGAAGGAAAUACUAUGACUGUUGUACAGUUGUGUUAAUAAAGUGAGACAUACUGGACUACACUGGAAUAUAUUUGAAUGUAAAGUCUAAUGGACUAAGUGGAUAACCAUGACACUAGAUUGUAAAUGUACUUUAUAUCGUACUGUUGAAAACUAACCAUUCAAAAUGUAUGAAAUUAUAAAAGACGUUCUACCUUGAUGGCUGGUAAAAAGAUGUCAUUGUGGUGUAUUUCUUAAGACGUUUGACUUCACAAUCAUGGUUCAACCGCUUUGUUACAUGUUGAUUUGAAAUACAACAAUGGAGUUAAUACAUAGACUGUAUAUAAAGAUGGACAACGUGUCUCCACUUCCUCCCACUAUGAGAAGUGAAGCCAAAAUAUCCCGGAUACGGGAGCUUGACGUAUUUGGAGCCAGAGUAUGCGCAGUAGUGAUCGGGGGGACUGGAGCCACGGUAUCAAGGUCACCCGCCCGAACCAAUCGCGAACCGAGCAGGGCCGCAGCUUGUCAGCAAGAGACACUAACUGCCAAUCAUGACGUCUCACCCCCUUUUUAUAGCACCAAAUAACUAAUUAAAACCAAACUUUUCAGAAAAAUUAACACUUGAACAUACAUCAGUGUGAUAAGAACUAACUAAAAUGACAGAAACCAUCUUUAGGAAAAAUCUAUUUGACGUGUACUUUGACUUUUUAGUUUGGCCCAUAUCCCAUCCGUUAACAUAUAGUGGGCGGGCUUUAUGAACUAUACUGCAACCAGCCACCAGGAGGCGAUCGAGAUGUUUUGGCUUCACUUUAAGGGAGCUGUCAUGUCGUCCAUCUUUAUAUACAGUCUAUGGGUUAAUACAAAAGGAGAAAUUAUGUUGAUUUUAACAGAGCACAUGCAACCUCAACCACUUUUCUUUCAGUGUUUGUAAUUUAACUAAGUAACCGCACCAUUGAUUUUGUAUUUGUUAACAAAUUGCUCUCAGAUUUUGUAAUCAAGACUCGAGCUGCAACAAUCAGUCAGUAGAUUGACAGAAAAUUAAUCAGCAACUAUUUUGAUAAUGUAUUUAUUAUUUUAGUAAUUUCAGUCAACAUUAUCUGGUUUCAGAUUUUCAAAUGUGAUGAUUUGCUGCUUUUCUUUGUCUUAUUUUUAAACUGAAUAUCUUUGGGAUUUGGACUGUCGAUCAAAUAAUAGAUCACCCUUAAGCCGUGGGAUAUUUUAACAGGAAUUUUUCACUAUUUUCGAGAUGCAAAAAUAAUCAGCAGAUUAAUAUAAAAUGAAAGUAAACAUUAGUUGCAGCUCUAACCAUCUCCAUGCAGCAUAUUGUGAAUUUGUCAUUUUAUAAUUAAUGCAACAAAAAAAUACAUAUUGUGAGUUUGUACAGCUAAACAGCUGCAGAUCAUAACUCUACAGAGAUAGAUCAUUUUCAUGCAAAAAGUAUUAUUGUACAGUAUAGUAUGUACCUGGAGGUAAUGUCACUGCCCAAAUACCAUCCAGCUGUCUCUCUCUCUGCAGAUCUAUCACUUUGGGUGUUGGUAUAUACUGAACGUAGAUGUUAUAAAGAUAAAGUUAUUUCACAGUUCUUCAGGAAAUGCCACUAUCUAUUUCCCAUCAUGUAUUUGUAUCCAAGGUAUGAAUAUCUCUACACCUUCACCUAUUGAUUACUCUCAAGCUCAUUUGCAGCAUCUCAGAGCUUGUUAAGUUUACCAACCUUGCUUCUUACUGUCAGUGUUGGAUUUUCACUGGCCAUGCACCAUAAAUCUAUACUGUAACAUCUGUCUAAUGUUAUUGGUUUGUCUCACCAUGCAUGAGAUGGAGACCCACUCCUGAUGGAGGGAGAAGUGGUUUCAUGAAUACUGAAUGUAUGGGAAAACAAGAUAAACACGUCCGACACACAGUAAACACAUAGUUAAACAUGUGGAGCUUAGUUAAUGUAAAAUAUUCAAAUUAAAUUAAUCCCUCUCACAAAGAUAAGUCCCCUUCAGCGGUUAAUGCAGGUUUUGUCUAUCACAAUUCUCUGAUAGGGUGGUAAUCUUGUGUUUACUCACACCAUAGCAGAGGUACAUUUCAGGUUGUGUAUUACAUUGUGCAGUAUUCUAAUGAUUUACAAGUGGCAUUUCUACAGGGGGGGGGGGUUAGUACUUAUCAGUAUUUGGUCCAGUCUGGGAUUAUUUGCUGUUGUGCUUUGGCCAGAUAAUGUUGUGUUGUCUGUUCAUUGAUUUUAAUAAAACAUAUAUAACAUCA